ACUGCUUGAUGCAAGUGUUCCGGUCCUUCCUCGGCGCGGCCGGGUCCGCGGACCAGCGCAAUGCGAUCAAGGACGUCAUCGCCAUGGGCGACGCCGGGAAGAAGCGCUCCAAGGACGACGUGCUCCAAGCGCUGCAUGCAUUCUGCGACGUCUUCCCGCUCGAGGCCGACCGGAAGAGCAUGGACAUGGACGAAGGCUACGACGUCAAGGACCGCAAGCUCUAUGACGCAGUGUACCGCUUGCUCAAGGCGCAUGUCGACACAAGCGCCAGUGGCGGUGACGAGUCGGACGUCGUCUUGGUCCUCCUGGACACGCUCAAGCGCAUCCUCCAGUGGCGCGACCUACACAAGCUCGUGCCCAAGUACUCGACCAAGCCGCUGCUCACGUGCAUGAUGUGGACGCCGGUGCUCGCGCUCUCGGUGCUCCAGGUCGUCACCAUCAUGAUGCUGCGGCCAACGGGGCUCAAGUCGACGGAAAUUGGUGACAAGAUGGAGAUGAUGAACAAACGCACGUUUGCCGACGACCGCGGAUACCCGGUUCUGUGCAGCCUCAUCGCGCAACACAGCGUCGCGUCGGACGAAGCGUGCUCGAGCAGCAUCCUCCAGCAAGCGCUCCAGCUCUUCCAUAUGACGCUCAUCUCCAACAAGCAAACCACGGAUCCCGUGACGCUCGAGCGGGCCGCCGAGUCGCUCUUGCAGGCGCGGGAGACGCUGCUUCGGCUGUCGCACCACGAAGACCCGAUGAUCCGGCACUUGAGCGUCGACUUGCUCUUUGAACUGUUCUUGCUCGCCGACCUCGACCAGGUCACGCUCAUGCAGGACUCGGCGCGCGAGUCGGGCGCGCUCCUGUACAUGCUCGCGACGGCCCUCGACGACGUGCCAUCGGCCGACGAGCUCCAGGUGUCGAUUCGAGACAAGUCGAUCGCGCUCGUCGAGAUGUUUUGCGCGGGAAACGCGCGGUCGAAGGCGGCCAUGUACCGCAUUCUGCCCGUCGAGCUCUUUGUGCCGAUCGAGGACCGACCGGACCUCGUCUCCAAGUACUCGAUCGCGACGCUCAAGAAGGCGACCAAGGUCACGCAGCGCAAGUCGAUCCCCGUGGACUUUCCGUACAUGAGUUUUCCGUUCCGACCCGAGUUUUCGGCGUCCGGGUCGAUUGGGCCGCGUCCGCCGCUCGAGUUUCAGCGAUGGCUCCAGGACGCGCGCGCGCAGGGUGAAAAGUGGACCGAAGUGCUUCUCGCAACGCGACAAGAGCACGAGCGGCCGACGUUAGUGUGGCGUGCACCCAUGCUUCGCGAACUCCAGAGCGCCCUUCGCAACGAAAUCGCAUCGUUCGAAGCCAAAGGGGCCGCGGCGCCUACCGUGCGCACGAGCAGCGGUCCCCACACUGUGCUCUGGGACCAUGACCAGUUCCAGAUCACGUAUGCCUCGUUUGCGUCCGAGCUCAUUGUGCACGGAUACUUUAUCGAGCAUCUGAUUCCCAAGCUUGCAGACCUCGCGGAUCCCUACGAGGUGGACGACUUGAUGGUCCUCGCGUGGCACCUCUCGGAUCGGCUGAGUGUUGAAGAGAACGCGCACUGGCGGCACUGCUGUGUCAAGUGUCUUCGCCUCAUGAUGCGUCGGUACGCCAUGACGUUCAACGGCCAGCUGCCCGUUGCGGGGCUCCUCCAGCAGCUUGCAGUGGACGACGUCGACCCGACCUUUGCGUGCGAAGCCUUCUUGCUCUUCCACGUCGCCAUCAGUACGUCCCGGACGCGCCCGACCGAGAGCCUCUCGCCCUUUUACGCGUCGAUCCUGUCGGUCGUGCUGACCGUGCUGCAGCAGGCGCCGACGCGAAUCGCUUGUCGCCCGUCGCGCCUCAGCAUGGCGUCGACACUGAGUGAAGGCGGCGAUGACGAGAGCUUUCACUUGCGUCUCACGUUUGACGCCGGCGAGACCCAUGAAGAAGCUAGCACCAAGGACAAUGACAUGGCGGCAGACGUCGAUGCGAUGGUGCGCGCCGGCGUCAACAUCAUUCUCGUGAUCCUCCAGCGCGCCAAAGCGUUCGUGCCGCACGUUCUUCACGCGCGCAUGUCGCUCGGUCGGCUUCUCACGUGUGGCUACCUGAGCCACAAGACACUGCACACGCUCAUGUCUCUGCUUUCGCACAUUUGCUCACACCUCGAGACGGACGACUCGGUCGUCUUCAUGCGGUCGCUGCUCCCGCUGGUGUUCUUGGCAAGUGCCAACGUCCACAACAAGGGCAUGUGUAUCGCGGCGGCGAGCUUCCUCGCGGCCCACUACGCGCCAAGCGAGGUUCAGUCGCUAUUGGAGUCGAGCGUGGGCUUUCGUGGCUGCGGUUUGCACUUGCUACUGCCAACGCCGAUGGUGCUGGCCGCCGUCUUUAAUCACGACACGAUCCAAUCUGCCGACGUCAUUUGGGGCGCAGCGCUCCGCCACAAGCUCUUUGGGUCCCUUGCGAAUACGCUCCAUGUGUCGUUGCCGCUGACGGACGACGUGGACGAGGACAAGCAGACCGUGUCCGCUGACUUUGACGUGCCCGUGGGGCACCUCUUUUUACGGUCGUUUGUCGAGUGCCACGGCAGCUUUCGUGCCGAGUGGAGCCGAGAGAUGCACGAAGAGACGCUGCAGGCGCUCACACGGCACGUCGUGCUGUCGCGGACGCGGUCGUUGUACGGCAUCAACCUUGCUGGCGACGACGGGCCGGACCCGAUGGCGCUCCAAGUGCUCGCGCUAAAGGCCCUCGCACUUCUUUUGCCAGCGUCCCCGCACGAUAUUUCGCUCGACGAUGCGCUGUUUGAUGCGCUUUUGCAUCCUCUGCGUCGGACGCUCUUGGGCGAAGUCGACCAGGAGCGGACGGCUGUGGGUCUGCGCAUUUGCCGACUCCUUGUUGCCCCCGAGCUCGGCAACGUGAAUGCCCGAGCGUGCUUUGGCACCUUGUGCUCGCCGCAGAUGAUGCAGCUACUUCGAGACGCGCUCGAGAAGACGUUGCACCCGCGCUUCCUCCAGUUUCUAAAGGAGCAGCCCAGCGACGAGGGCUCGGCCAUGGCGCUAUUGUGUGCGCUGCUGGACAUGCUUGCUGCCAUGGCACAGUCGCCCGAUGGCGUCGCUGCGUUGCAGAGCCACCCGCGCUGGAUCACGAGCGUCAUUGCGCACGCGUCAACGAGCCACAUUCUGGCGCCCAACAGCGAAAAGAUUGCCAACGUGUGCCUUCGCUUUCUGCAAAAGCUGUGCGUGCGGCCGGCAUUGCAGCAGGUCUUCAUCGACGCGGGCGGCCUCAUAUCCAUCAGCGACGUGUGCAUCACUGUGGACCAGGCAGAGCCGCGCACGCACGACACGGUGGAGCUCGCCGCGUCGGUGCUCCAGGCGUGCCUGCCCGAACCAGGACAAACCACGACGCCCGCUCUCGCAGCCUUGACACAGCUCUACACGCCUGGCCUCGUGCAGCUCUUGAGCAAGUCGACGCUCGACUUUCUCUGCAGUCUACAAUGCCCUGAGCCUAUUUAUCAGCCCACGUUGGUCUGGACACUUGCGAUGCAAGACCAGCUCCGGGAUGCGCUGCGGAGCGAGCAAGCCAAGAUGGCGCUCAAUGCCAAGUCGGCGACAACGUGGCCGGUGUGGGAUCCCGACAACUUUGUCGCGGCCGACUCGUUCCGGUACCUUUACGCCGAGGUCGCCAACGAGGUGCUCGUGGCGCACGUCUACUUGCGGGCGUUCGUCCAAAGCGACUCGGACCAGCUGCCAGACAUGAUUGACCUUCCGCAGUUCACCAAGGCGCUGCUGUACGCCAUGGAGAGCAGCGAAGCCGCGCUCCUCUCAAUCAAAGCGAGAGGGGGCAACCCGCAAAAGCAACAAGCGCUCCUCGAGCUCUUCCGGGGCGCCUUGCGCAAGAUUGCUGUCGACCACAAGACGCUCCUCGAUGUGCGUCUCCCGCCGUUCAUUGAAGUCGACGGGUUUAGCGACACGGAGAGCGUUGGCGAUACGAUCCAAAACCUCCAAGAGAGCCCAACCAACCACAGCCACUCGGUCACGUCGGACGACGACGAGAAACCAGCAGCGUUCACGCUCGACCACCAAGACUCGGUCCCGAUCGACGAGGGCGUCGUUUAGCCCUAACCCGUCUCCUAUCUUUAUACAUUAUAGCUCCCGUGUACGACCGACCCCCCUACGCAACACAUGGCGGUCCACGGUCGCACCUUCUUGGUCCUGUGCACAGAUGGACCUCUCGCUACGGCAAGCGACAUCUUCGGGACCUCCCUGCCGCCCAGGAAGAGUCGAGUAUAAAUGGAGGAAGACAAGACAUUGCGUGAGA